AAGUAACAGCUGAGUGAUCUGGGCAGUGACAGCUCUGAGCAGGGAAAGUGUACAGCUGUCUGUCUGUCUGUCUGUCUGUCUGUGUGUGUCUAACUCCACUCCAGUCCGGACUUGUUGUGUCUCAGUCACGUACACUCAGGAAACACAAUGUCGUUUAUUCUUAUGAAGAAAAAAAGGUUUAAAUUCAAGGUAGACUUUGACUUGGAGGAACUGUCAUCGGUGCCGUUCGUAAAUGGAGUAAUAUUCUGUAAAGUUCGACUCUUGGAUGGUGGCUUUGCCGAGGAGUCUUCACGGGAGCCUGUCCAAGCCAACUGUGUACACUGGAAGAGGAGAUUCUCUUUUGUCUGCAAGAUGAGUGCAAAUGCUGGAACAGGUGUACUAGACCCCUGUGUGUGUCGGGUGUCGGUGCGCAAGGAAAUGAAGGGUGGAAAAACAUUUGCAAAGCUGGGCUUUGCCGACUUGAACCUGUCUGAGUUUGCUGGGUCUGGGAGCACUACACGACGGUGUCUCCUAGAGGGUUACGACACUAAGAACACCAGACAGGACAAUUCAAUCCUCAAGGUUGUCAUCACUACACAGCUCAUGUCUGGAGACCCCUGUUUUAAAACACCCCCAUCUACAGCUAUGACACUGGGUAUUCCGCAGGCUGAAGCUGAGUCUCUCCUUGAAGAUAGAAAAGGCGGGGACCUGCAUAUUUCCCAUACAGUCACAGAAACUCCAGGGAAGUCAGUAUCUGUCCCAGAGGAGUUGGUGGCCUAUGGACACUCCAGAACAUCAAGCUAUGCAAGUCAGCAUUCAAAAAUCUCAGGUUACAGUUCAAAUCACUCCAGUUUAACAGAACUGAGUCAUCGAAGGAGCCCAUCAGGAGGUUCUGCCUCCACAGGCAUUGGUAGCAUCCUGGAACCCAGUGAGCAGCAUUCAGAGAGAGGAGAAAGGGAGAACAGGUCCACCCCCCCAGUUUCUGCAACCGGCCCUCAUGCCCCUGAAAACCCUUCCACUCCCAUUAAGGUUAUCAGACAUCCAAUAAAACAGAAUUCAAUGGAGAAUCAGCUGAAGCGGGUUGAUGCCACAAGAGUGGACGCCGAUGAUAUAAUAGAGAAAAUCCUGCAGAGCCAGGAUUUCAGCCAUGGCUUCUUGGACUCCAGCGCAGAGGAGGAGGGGCUCAGCUUGUUUGUUGGUCCUGGUGGGAGUACAGCCUUGGGAAGCCAACACACAAGGGUCGCAGCUGGGGCCUUUGAGCAGGUGGUGAUCAAGCGCUAGGCUUUAGAAGGCAUGUGGGUGCUGUAUUACACCCAUUGAGGUGACACAAGACAGAGCAAUGGAGCUGAUGUUGGAAAUUGCUCUUCACUCAAUCCAGGAGAUUUCCUUACUCUUAUGCAACCCCACUGUAUCUGACCUAUAGCGUCUUUUUAUCCAGGAGAGCCCUCUAGUGCCCAAGCUUUGGUGUUGAAGAAAACAUUACUGUGGGACAUUUUGGUGAUAUCUGACAUAUUGACAUAGUAUCUGUUGAUCACUUUGCUCAAUGAAAAUUUAAGUGGAUAAGUACUGUAUUUCCUCGUUCAUAUUGAGUUAACUCUGUUCACCCCUCUAAAAUGACCUUUAACUCCAUUAUUUAAGAAAAAAAGGAUUUUAGAACAAUAUUCUAUUUUGUGUCACUCUAUCACUGGUACCAAAGUGUAUUUUUUAAUAUUUUAUUUGUAAAAUAACUGGGUGAUUGAGUUAAAAUAACUGACAAAGGGAUGAGUUGUUUCUCUUAAACCACUUAUACUGAGCGCAUAAAGGUUAUUUCACAAAUUGUUGCAGUUUUGUUGCCUUAAAUGCUGACUAAUAUGAUGUAACUUAUUUAUAUGUAAGUAGCAGGAAUGUAUCAAGUUUGUAUAUUUUUUGUUAUAUACAAUAGUUACAUCAUCAUUGUGCAUCAGAUCAGUAUCUUAAGCCCACUGGAUACUCUCAUUUACCUAACUGAGAGCUUUAUGGCUACUUAACAGUUUUUUCUCUUUAUUUAUCUGUAUUUUGUAUUUUUAGGACUGUUUUCUGCAAAGUGAAACAUAAAUUAUUUUGUACAUAUGACAGUUGUUGGAUGAUCUAUAUGCCACAUGUAAACAGUUCAUGUAUUCAAACAAUAAAUUUUUUUUACCUUCA